AUGUUAUCAACAUCUUUUUUUGGAAAUAGACAAUUUAUUCGAAAGCUUCAUAUUCCUAGCCCUUUACCUUAUGAUAUAACAGAAGGAAUUGAUCCAUUAUUUGAUGUGGAUAAUUUUGCAGAAAUAUGUAAUUAUCGAGCCAUGCUUAUUGAGAAAUUAAAUUCGCUUGUAUCUGAUACAGAAUUUCAAAAUGAUAAUACAUACAGGAUCAUAAUGAGAACAGCACAAAUACCAUCACAUGCUUUAUUAUUUAAUUAUGCAUCUCAAUCAUGGAAUUUAGAUUUUUUUCUUCAAAGUUUAUUCACAAACAUGGCAUUAGCAAUAUUUGGUUCUGGGUGGACUUGGCUUGUCAAAACAGAAUAUGAUACACUUUGUGUUGUCAAUACAUACAAUGCAGAAGAUCCAAACAAUCAUCCAUCAAGAUUUAAUAAAACAUCAGACAAGGAUGACAUAAAUCAAAAACAAGACACUUUAACACCUAGUAAUCAACCAUUACCACCUCCAUUAAUAAAAUUAAGCAUGGAACUACCACAUAAUAGUCGACUAACACCACUUUUGUGUCUAAAUGUUUGGGAACAUGCCUACGUUAAACAAUAUGGAAUUCUGAACAAAUCCUUGUAUAUUGAAAACUUUUGGAAAUGUAUUAAUUGGGAAGUUAUAAAUAAUAGGUUUGGAGAUGUGUCAUCAUAA